AUGUCUAACACCAAAACUUCACUUGUCGCUCUCCUUUUCCUGCUCACAGCCCAACUUAUUACUGCCGCAAGGGCCCCAAUCUUUGUGACUGGUAUUGGUGGUGGAGGUGGUGGGUAUGGCAGCGGAGGAGGAGAAGGCAAUGGUGGAUACGGCCAUGGUUAUGGCUAUGGUUCAGGAUAUGGUUUUGGCAAUGGAGGUGUUGGCGGAGGUGGCUAUGGAGGUGGAGGUGGGUAUGGCAGCGGAGGAGGAGAAGGCAAUGGUGCAUACGGCCAGGGUUAUGGCUAUGGUUCUGGCAAUGGAGGUGGUGGCGGUGGUGGCUACGGAGGUGGUGGUGGCGGCAGCUAUGGAAGCGGUGGCAUGGGUUCAGGGUAUGGUGGUGGCUAUGGUUCAGGCUAUGAUUAUGGGGGCCAAGGUGGAGGUGGAGGUCAUGGAGGAGGGGGUGGUGGUGGAUCUGGCUAUGGCAACGGUGGCUAUGGAUCUGGCUUUGGUGAAGGUUAUGGCUCAGGAGGAGGUGUAAAUGGAGGUGGUGGCAGCGGCGGUGGUGGUGGAGGAGGUGGUGGAGCCUCAGGAUACAGGUAUGGUGCAGGCUAUGGCAAAGGAUAUGGUUACGGUGGUGGUCCUGGUGGUGGAGGUGGUGGUGCGGGUGGCGGUGGGGGAGGAGGGAGUUACAACGGUGGAACAGGCGGAUAUGGAGAAGGUCAUGGCUCAGGUUACGGGGGUGGUGGCGGACAUGGCCAUUAA